CCCGCACCGCCCCGCGCGGCAGCCCCAGCAUGGAAGCCAUCGCCAAGUACGACUUCAAAGCCACCGCGGACGACGAGCUGAGCUUCAAACGGGGGGAUAUCCUUAAGGUUUUGAAUGAAGAAUGUGAUCAGAAUUGGUACAAGGCAGAACUCAAUGGAAAAGACGGCUUCAUUCCCAAGAACUACAUAGAAAUGAAACCCCAUCCGUGGUUUUUUGGAAAGAUUCCCCGAGCGAAGGCUGAAGAGAUGUUAGGCAAACAGAGACACGAUGGUGCCUUCCUCAUCAGGGAGAGUGAGAGCGCUCCCGGGGACUUCUCCCUCUCGGUCAAGUUUGGAAAUGAUGUGCAGCACUUCAAGGUGCUUAGAGAUGGGGCUGGCAAAUAUUUCCUCUGGGUGGUGAAGUUCAAUUCUUUGAACGAGCUGGUAGAUUAUCACAGAUCCACAUCUGUCUCCAGGAACCAGCAGAUAUUUCUCCGGGACAUUGAACAGGUGCCACAGCAACCAACAUACGUUCAGGCCCUGUUCGAUUUCGAUCCCCAGGAGGAAGGAGAGCUGGGUUUCCGGCGUGGAGACUUUAUCCAAGUCCUUGACAAUUCUGACCCCAACUGGUGGAAGGGAGCCUGCCACGGACAGACGGGCAUGUUUCCACGCAACUAUGUGACCCCAGUGAACCGGAACAUCUAGAGAUAAAUAUUAGAGAUUAUUUAAAGAAACCAGAGAAACAGUAAAUACACAUACAGAGCCUAACUGCAGCCAGUGACUUAAAAUCACACGGUGAUAAAAACCUGAGUCACCUUUCACCGUGAGGUGAUCCUCCUUCACUCAGUACGGAACUUCAGGGGCGGGGGGGAAAAAAAACACCAAAACUUAUCUUUAA